CCUCUAUUUGGGCCUCCCAUUGGUAGAUGAAAGUUAAAGGUGGACCUCCGGCAAGUUUUUGUCCUGUGAUAAUCAGGAAUGUGUUGGGAAUUUUUUAUUUUUUUGCUCCUCUGCUUUGGAGGCCUAGGCUCAAGGCAAAUUAGAAGUAGGAAACCAAUUUGAAGGAAAGAAAUUUUAAACGAGGUAGGGUGACAAGACCUGGGAGAGAGCAGAAGGGCCCAUGUGAAGGGAUCCCAGGCACCGAUUUGGGGGAAGGGGCUCCCAGAUUUUUACACCCGUGAGCCAGGCAAGAGAUGAAAUAGGCCCUCCCCACCACAGGCCAUCUAAGGGAGGAAAAAUGACGGCCAGCAUGUUAUGCUCUUAGUAUUUUUAUUUAUAAUCUUUUAAAAGAAAGGCCAAACAGCAGCAGCAAAAGCGUGGUUUUAAUUACUCAGGAAGGCUUUUGCUGGCCGUGAGCAUGAAGAUCCUCUCUUGCUAACCAAGCCAAGAGGGAGCCCACUAUGCUCCUGUCUAUCAUCCUUUUCUUGUUGCUUUUUGCUGCUCAUACAACCAUGCUCACCAGUCCACCUAAGAGGGAGGCCAGGAACCCAUCUCUUGUGGAAACGGGGGUGUAACGGACCCCCUCUUCUGCCCCCAAGAUCAGAGAGGGCUCUCGGGAGCCCAGUUUAAGAAGUCUUCCUGGCCGGACAGCAGUGCCUAGCGAGGAUUCAGCCAGACAGCAGAGCAGGUUGGGCCGCCAUGGGCUUCUUGCAGGGUCUUCUCCAGGCCAGGAAGCUGCUGCUGGUCAUCUUCGUCCCCCUGUUGCUGCUGCCUCUGCCCAUCCUGCACCCAAGUAGUGAAGCUUCGUGUGCCUACGUGCUGAUCGUGACGGCUGUGUACUGGGUGUCCGAGGCGGUGCCACUGGGAGCUGCAGCACUGGUGCCUGCCUUCCUCUACCCAUUCUUUGGAGUUCUCCGGUCCAAUGAGGUAGCCGCUGAGUACUUCAAGAAUACCACGCUGCUGCUGGUGGGCGUCAUCUGCGUGGCGGCGGCUGUGGAGAAGUGGAACCUGCACAAGCGCAUCGCUCUGCGCAUGGUCCUGAUGGCGGGAGCCAAGCCGGGCAUGCUGCUGCUCUGCUUCAUGUGCUGCACCACCUUGUUGUCCAUGUGGCUGUCCAACACCUCCACCACCGCCAUGGUGAUGCCCAUCGUGGAAGCCGUGCUGCAGGAGCUGGUCAGUGCUGAGGAGGAGCAGCCUGUGGCAGGCAACUCCAGCACGGAAGAGGCUGAGCCCAUCAAUCUUGAUGUCAACAACAGCCAACCUCCUCUGGAGCUCAUCUUUGUCAAUGAGGACACAUCAUCAGCAGACUUCACUUCUCUCAUGUGUAACAAGAACCUGAAUGGUGUGCCCAUGAUCACCAAGCCCAUCAGGACAGCAAACCGACACCAAGGCAAGAAGCAGCAGCCACUGCAGGAAAAGCCACUAGUCCUGACUCAAGGCUCCAGGAACCAGGAGCUGAACAGAAAGUGCAAGUCCCACCAUGACCAGAUGGUCUGCAAGUGCCUCUCUCUGAGCAUAUCCUACGCUGCAACCAUCGGCGGCCUGACCACCAUCAUUGGCACCUCCACCAGUCUCAUUUUCCUGGAACAUUUCAACAACCAGUACCCAGCCGCAGAGGUGGUCAACUUUGGCACCUGGUUCCUCUUCAGCUUUCCCAUAUCGCUCAUCAUGCUGGUCAUCAGCUGGUUCUGGCUUCACUGGCUGUUUCUAGGCUGCAACUUUAGAGAGACCUGUUCUCUGAGCAAGAAGAAGAAGACCAAGAGGGAAGAGUUGUCCGAGAGGAGGAUCCAGGAGGAAUAUGAGAAGCUGGGAGACAUUAGCUACCCUGAGAUGGUGACUGGAUUUUUCUUCAUCCUGAUGACUGUGCUGUGGUUUACCCGGGAGCCUGGCUUUGUCCCUGGCUGGGAUUCCUUCUUUGAAAAGAAAGGCUACCGCACAGAUGCCACAGUCUCCGUCUUCCUCGGCUUCCUACUUUUCCUCAUUCCAGCUAAGAAGCCCUGCUUUGGGAAAAACAGUAAUGGGACAAGCCACAAGUGCUCCCUGGGGACAGAGCCCAUCAUCACGUGGAAGGACUUCCAGAAAACCAUGCCCUGGGAGAUUGUCAUCCUGGUGGGAGGAGGCUAUGCCCUGGCUUCUGGCAGCAAGAGUUCUGGCCUCUCCACAUGGAUAGGGCAGCAGAUGCUGUGCCUGAGCAGCCUCCCACCGUGGGCUGUCACUCUGCUGGCGUGUAUUCUCGUGUCCAUCGUCACAGAGUUCGUCAGCAACCCGGCCACCAUCACCAUCUUCCUGCCCAUUGUGUGCAGCCUGUCCGAAACGCUGCACAUUAACCCACUCUACACCCUGAUCCCAGUCACCAUGUGCAUCUCCUUUGCAGUGAUGCUGCCAGUGGGCAACCCACCCAAUGCCAUCGUCUUCAGCUAUGGACACUGCCAAAUCAAAGACAUGGUGAAAGCUGGCCUGGGAGUCAACGUCAUUGGCCUGGUGAUAGUGAUGGUAGCCAUCAACACCUGGGGAGUUAGCCUCUUCCACCUGGACACCUUUCCAGCCUGGGCUAAGGUCAGUAACAUCACUGAUCAGGCCUGACACCAGUAGACAAAUUGGCUGGGCUUAAGGAGCUGCACUUGGCCAAAUCUGCACCACAAAGAAACGACUGGGAGCACACCCAGGCCCAGGCUGGAGGGUAUCCCUGCCAGAAGAUCUGCCAUCUACCACCUCAGUCAAAAUCAGGGUUCCUCCAGCCACCACAGCCGUGUCCUUGGCUGUUGGGAUCUUCUCCCCUACCCACCUGCCUUAGCACCACUGGUCAAGAAAACCCAAAACUGUUCUCUCUUUUGUGUGUCUAGUCCUCCUGAUCGACUCUUUCUGAAGCCAGGAAAAGAAGAAAGCCUGUCUUAGUUGCUCCCUAGGGGCAAGGCCUCACAAGCUGACCAGCCUCCCCAGGGUUUAUGUAAGAUGUUCUCAGGAGUUGAAGGAGACACCCAAAUCGUUCUAGUUUUGCAGACAGAGAAAUUAGUGAUGUCUCUUUUGGGGAAAAACCUGACCUGGAACUCGAGCCAUCUCAAGUGUUUCUACUGUAAAUUUCCUUCACAAAAGAAGCAAUUCUUAGCAGGUCCUUUACUCUUUUUAUCACUAUUUUGAUUCAAUUUUAACAGCUCUCUUCAAUGGCUUUCCUUUACCUUGGCACCAAAUUCCUGUAAAGAAAAAUGUUCUGCUUGAGAAAAAGGUUGACAUUAUUUUGUCAAAAGAAAAAGUAGAGAAAAGACACACUGUGAUUAACAUCUCUCCCUCUACCCAUACCAAAGGGAAAUACCGUUGUUUAGCCAAGUGUGGGAGGAAAACUUCAUACUGGUCUUAACUGUAAAGACUAAAACUACAACUGAGACCAAGACAUUAUUAUUACUAUUAUACUGGCUUGCUUCUGGUUUUAAUGAGUACCUCCUAUCCUGAGUAGACAAAGGUUCUACUCAGAGGUCACUUCCUACAUGUGAGUGAGCCCUUUGAGAGGACAGAGAUGUCUGUACAUCUUGAGUGUGCCUAGAAAACAUCUACCAUGUUGUAAGCCAGGGCUGAGGAGUUAGCUCAGUGGUAGAGAAUUUGCCUAGCAUGUACAAGGCCAUCAGUUAGAUCCUCCAACUACAAGAAGAAAAAAAUGUACAAUGUUGUAAAAUGUAGCUGCUCAAUAAAUGUCCC